UGGAGAUCGAUUGGUAGUGCUCGGGCGAAAUAGGAACCAGCACGGCAAGGUAGGAGCUUGCGUUCCCGCACUCGCGAGUAUAUAAGGUCCCACUUCCCCUCCUCGUUCCCUAACUUCCGCACCCACCCACCUGUCCUCUGUUCUGCGAAUCGGACGCCGAACUUGCCACCUCCCUGCCAAAUAUCGCCGCAUACGGCCUUACCCACACCCUCACAGCAAUGGUCGCAUCGCACACUACCCCGCACGUUACCCCGCACAUCCUGCACAAGCACUACGCGCAGACGCAAGACUCCGAUCAGUACAACGAGCUCAUCGGCCGCGACCUCGAAUACUUCUCGAACGCGGGCUUCGACAUGGACCGCAUCUGCAUCAAGCGCAAUGCGCCUGUAGCCCUGCUCUACGAGGACGCCAUCCGGAACGAGGGCGCGAUCAUCUCCUCCUCGGGCGCGCUCAUCAACUUCUCGGGCAAGAAGACCGGCCGCAGCCCGAAGGACAAGCGCAUCGUCUACGAAGAGACGAGCAAGGACGAUGUCUGGUGGGGGCCCGUGAACGUCAAGAUGGACGAGCACACCUUCGAGAUCAACCGCGAGCGCGCGAUCGACUACCUGAACACCCGCGACAACGUCUAUGUCUUUGAUGGCUACGCGGGGUGGGAUCCGAAGUACCGCAUUAAGGUCCGGGUCAUCUGCGCGCGGGCCUACCAUGCUCUGUUCAUGAACAACAUGUUGAUACGCCCAACGGAGGAGCAGCUCGCAAACUUCGGCGAGCCCGACUUCAUCAUCUACAACGCCGGCCAAUUCCCCGCGAACCGCUUCACCAAGGGCAUGUCCUCGACCACCUCCGUCGAGAUCAACUUCAAGCGCAUGGAGAUGGUCAUCCUCGGCACCGAGUACGCGGGCGAGAUGAAGAAGGGUGUCUUCUCCGUCAUGCACUACCUCCAGCCCGUCAAGUUCGGCCAGCUCUCCCUCCACUCCUCCGCCAACGUCGGCAUCGAGAAGAACGACGUGACGCUCUUCUUCGGCCUCUCCGGCACCGGCAAGACAACGCUCUCCGCCGACCCGAAGCGCCCGCUCAUCGGCGACGACGAGCACGUCUGGUCCGACACGGGCGUCUUCAACAUCGAGGGCGGCUGCUACGCCAAGUGCAUCAACCUCUCCGCGGAGAAGGAGCCCGAGAUCUUCAACGCGAUCAAGUUCGGCAGCAUCCUCGAGAACGUCGUGUACGACCCGGCGACGCGCGUGCCCGACUACGACGACGUGAGCAUCACGGAGAACACGCGCUGCGCGUACCCGAUCGAGUUCAUCCCGAACGCGCAAAUCCCGUGCUCCGUCGACCGCCAGCCGAGCAACAUCAUCAUGCUCACCUGCGACGCGUUCGGUGUGCUCCCGCCCGUGAGCAAGCUCACGCCGGCGCAGGCGAGCUACCACUUCCUCGCCGGCUACACUUCGAAGACGCCGGGUACGGAGGAUGGUGUUCUCGAGCCCAUCCCGACCUUCUCGACGUGCUACUCUGCGCCUUUCAUUGUCCUUCACCCCGGCCGCUACGCCGAGAUGCUCGCCGAGCGCAUGGCCAAGCACAACGUCGACUGCUGGCUCAUCAACACCGGCUGGACGGGCGGCAAGUUCGGCACGGGCAAGCGCUGCCCGCUCAAGUACACCCGCCGCAUCGUCGACGCCAUCCACUCCGGCGAGCUCGCCAAGGCCGAGUUCGAGACGUUCGGCACCUUCGGGCUCUCGAUCCCCACCGCGCUCGAGGGCGUCCCGCGCGAGCUGCUCAACCCCGAGCUCGCGUGGCCGGACAAGGCGAGCUUCACGAAGGAGGUGCGCAAGCUCGCGGGCAUGUUCCAGAAGGCGUUCGCGUUGUACGAGCAGGACGUCGACGCGGGCGUGCGCGCCGCGGGCCCGCAGUUGUGAGAGGCGCGGCGGCGAGAUAGAUUGGGUGCGGUUGCUAUCUAUCCUUCAUUAUUCUUGCUUUCGGCUCGGAUCGCAUCGCAUCUUGUACUAGAUAGACAGACAUCCACUUGUAGUAUAGCAUAUCGAAUCAUGCAUUUCAUGACAGAAUCGAGGGGAGGACUCGGCAAGAUAAUCAGACUGCUGGCACCGUGAUAGUCACUGGCUCGCCGG